AUGAUUGUUGUCACCGGUGGUGCCGGCUUUGUCGGUUCAAACAUCGUCAAGGAGCUGAAUAGUCGUGGCGUGACCAAUAUCGUGGUUGUCGAUGACAUGACUGAUGGAUCCAAGUUCCGCAACCUGGUCAACUGCAAAGUGGCCGACUACAUCGAUGCAACUGCCUUCCGUGAAGCGAUUCGGACCAAAGCCUUCCAUCAUCGUCCCCGCGUUAUUUUCCACUAUGGUGAAAACUCGUCAAAUAACGGUAGCAACGGUAAGAAAAUGCUGGAGGCAAACUUCACCUACUCCAAGGAACUCUUCCAUUGGUGCAAGGACCAGGGGGUCCGCUUCAUCUACGCCUCGUCCGCUGUCGUUUAUGGAAAUAACACCACCUUCGCCGAGGGAGACUUCCAGGAAGCCCCUCUAAAUGUAUACGGAUACUCAAAGAUGUUAUUCGAUCAGUAUGUCGUCAAGAACACUGACAUCCGCUCCCCACAAGUCGUGGGACUCCGUCUCUUCAGUGUUUAUGGACCCGGAGAACAGUACCAAAGUUCAAUCCCUAGCACUGUCUUUCAGUUUUACGAAAAACGCAAAUCUUUCAAGGCAAUUGAGCUGUUCGGAGAAUACGCCGGGGUCGAGGCUGGCCAACAGAAGCGUGAUUUCGUCCACGUACAGGACGUCGCGCGCCUGAACUGUUGGUUCCUUGACCACCCUGAGAUCAGUGGUAUUUACAAUGUCGGCACUGGUGUGGCCAGCAGCUUCCACGAUGUCGCCACCGAGGUCGCCAGCAACUUCGGCAAUCCAGAGGGCUAUAUCAAGUUCAUUUCCUUCCCAGCCGAAUUGAAAGGCAGAUACCCGAGCUACGCCUGCGCCGACAUCUCGAAGCUCCGUCGGGCCGGCUCCGUGCUGCGUUUCCGCGGCAUCGAGGAAGGGAUUCGGAAUUACCUGGAGUGGCUUGAAAGUCCUGAGGGGUUGCUCCGCUAA